AUGGGCAUUCCAGUCCGUCAAAACUCCCCUGAGAACGCCGCUUCCGCUAUGCCUUCUGCUACAUCUGGCGCCGCCAGCAAUGGUGUGCCCACGAUUGACAUUCCCAAUGGGGACAACAUAGACUCCGAGACUCCUUUCUCUGCCAACGAUAACAUUCGUCGAUUUGCUCCUCCCUCGAGGGGACUGAGCCCAUCCCAGAAUGCCCUCUUCCACAACAAGACCAGAUGUUUUGUCUAUGGUAUGCAGCCCAAAGCCGUCCAGGGCAUGCUGGACUUCGACUUCAUCUGCAAGAGAUCGACCCCGUCCGUGGCCGGUAUUAUUUACACUUUUGGCGGUCAAUUCGUCAGCAAGAUGUACUGGGGUACCAGCGAGACUCUCCUCCCAGUCUACCAGUCCGUAGAGAAGGCCUUUGAGAAACACCCUGAUGUGGACACAAUUGUCAACUUCGCCUCUUCACGUUCCGUCUAUAGCUCCACUAUGGAGCUGAUGGAGAUUCCCCAGGUUCGCAGCAUUGCCAUCAUUGCCGAAGGUGUGCCUGAACGACGUGCCCGUGAGAUCAUGGUCAAGUCAAAGGAGAAGGGAAUCACAAUCAUUGGGCCCGCCACCGUUGGUGGCAUCAAGCCCGCUCUACCGCAAAGGUUCCGUGGCUACGUCUCCAAAUCCGGCGGUAUGUCCAACGAGCUCAACAACAUCAUCUCACAAAACACCGAUGGUGUCUACGAGGGUAUUGCCAUCGGUGGUGACAGAUAUCCCGGAACUUCCUUCAUUGACCACCUCCUCAGAUACCAACAAGAGCCAGAAUGCAAGAUUCUCUUGCUUCUCGGUGAGGUUGGUGGUGUUGAGGAAUACCGAGUGAUCGAGGCUGUGAAGAAGGGUCAAAUCACUAAGCCAAUUGUCGCCUGGGCUAUCGGAACUUGCGCCAGCAUGUUCAAGACCGAAGUUCAAUUCGGCCACGCUGGUGCUUCUGCCAACUCACAGCUCGAAACUGCUGUUGUGAAGAACCAGAAGAUGAAAGAGGCUGGCUUCUUUGUCCCUGAUACCUUUGAAGACAUGCCCAAUGUUCUCAGCGAACUCUACCAGAAGCUGGUCAAGCAAGGCACUAUCAAGCCUGCGCCUGAGCCAGCUGUCCCCAAGAUCCCCAUGGACUACGCAUGGGCGCAAGAGCUCGGUCUUAUUCGAAAGCCUGCCUCCUUCAUCUCUACCAUCUCCGACGACAGAGGUCAGGAACUGCUCUAUGCGGGUAUGCCCAUUUCGGACGUUUUCAAGGAGGAAAUUGGUAUCGGCGGUGUGAUGUCGCUGCUGUGGUUCCGUCGCCGCCUGCCUUCCUAUGCAAGCAGGUUCUUGGAAAUGGUGCUCAUGUUGACUGCUGAUCACGGUCCGGCCGUGUCUGGUGCCAUGAACACCAUCAUCACUGCUCGUGCGGGCAAAGAUCUCAUUUCUUCUCUGGUCGCUGGGCUGUUGACCAUUGGCUCUCGAUUUGGUGGUGCUCUUGAUGGUGCUGCUGAAGAGUUCACCAAGGCCUUUGACAAGGGCUGGUCUCCGAGAGAGUUUGUUGACACGAUGAGAAAGGAGAACAAGCUGAUUCCUGGAAUCGGUCACCGAAUCAAGUCUCGCAACAACCCCGAUUUGCGGGUCGAGCUUGUCAAGGACUUUGUCCUGAAGCACUUCCCCUCGCACAAGCUUUUGGAUUAUGCUAUUGCCGUUGAGACCGUGACUACCUCCAAGAAGGACAACCUGAUCCUGAACGUCGACGGCUGCAUUGCUGUCUGCUUCGUCGAUUUGCUCCGAGACGGAGGCUCCUUCUCCGCCGAAGAAGCUGAGCAAUAUCUCGGUAUUGGUGUUCUGAACGGUCUUUUCGUCUUGGGUCGUUCCAUCGGUCUCAUUGCCCAUUACUUGGAUCAAAAGAGACUCCGCACUGGACUGUACAGACAUCCUUGGGACGAUAUCACCUACCUUCUGCCCACCAUUGGAAAGACUCCCGGAAACGAAGGUCGUGUGGAAGUCAGCGGGGAGUCAUUGUAA